AUGAAGAUUAAUGUAUCUCGACCAUUCCAAAUUAUUCAAUGGUCAUCCUACGUAUUUGCCAUAUUUGUUGUCCAAUUCGUGAUCGUACUCCCAUUAGCCUUUAUGUUAUUUAACGAUUUCUACAGAUACUUAAUUCCAUCUGAUUCAUCACAGUUAGUUCCUCUAUCUGCUUUUAACCUGACUCAGAAUGGUGAAAGCCAUUUCCAUUAUUACCAGGAAUUAGAUAAGGUUCCUGCCCAUACAGAUUUACCUACAGUGAAACAGAAUGGUUUGGUUCAACACAUCCCAUUGAGGGAACAUAUUGAUUAUAGAAUAGACGCUAUAUUUAAAUUCUAUUGUCUGAUUGAUGACACUAAAACUCCGCGCCAUAAUAUACAAGAUACUACUGUGUCAGUGUAUGGCUAUAUUGUUUCCGGUGAGUAUGUACUAUUAUAUUCUAAAUAUGUACCUAUUGUAUGUUUGACUACAAAAGAUUCGAUUACACUGCCAGAUGGUCGUCAAUUGAAAGGUUCAAGGAUAAAACAGUACAAAACAGAAUGGUUAAACGAAAUUAUACUUGACGAUAUUAGUGAUUUCUCAACAGACUCAAAUAUCAAGGGUUUAGCCAUAAGAUUUAAUUAUGGAUCCAUACAGAGAGAUCUAACAGAUUCGUUUAACCAUGGUUUUGCUGAUAAGGAGAGGUAUUCCAUGUUGAUGAACAUUGAAUCACAAUUAAACUUCCGUAUAAACUUCAACCAAGGUAUAAGGAAUCUGAUGUUGCGUUAUCAUUUGACCACCUAUGUUAUCGGAACCGUUGUAUUUCAUUUAACGAUCUCCUCCUUAAUGAUGAUAACAGCAGCAAUGGCCUUUUAUAUCACAAACCAAAAACUUGCUGCAGAUAAUAGUAAUCGUGAUAGUAAGAAACCGAAAAGACGUACUACUGAAGGGAAAAAGGCAUGA